ACUUUUUUCAUCCAUUUCCUCUUAUCAUAGGACAUGGAGGUGAGCCCUAAUGAACUGAUGGGCGUCCUUAACAAGAUUAUUUCCAAACAUGGCGAUCUUAAGACAGAUGGUUUCACUAUUGAGUCCUGCAGAAGCAUGGUAGCAGUAAUGGACAGUGACAGUACUGGAAAACUGGGAUUUGAAGAGUUUAAGUAUCUUUGGAAUAACAUCAAGAGGUGGCAGGGCAUUUACAAGAAUUUUGAUGCCGAUCGCUCUGGUGUGAUUGGUUCCGAUGAGCUACCUGGAGCUUUUAAAGCAGCAGGGUUCCCACUCAAUGAACAGCUUUUCCAGUUGAUCGUCAGGCGAUAUAGUGAUGAAAAGGGCAACAUGGACUUUGACAAUUACAUCGGGUGUCUUGUGCGCCUGGAUGCUAUGUGUCGUGCCUUCAAGACACUUGAUAAAGACAACAAUGGCUCCAUUAAAGUCGACAUUCAAGAGUGGUUGCAGCUGACAAUGUACUCCUGAAUAUAAAAGAAUAUACUUUGCCAUCUUGAUUAUAUUCUUUUGUCAGUUCCUCUUUGUGGCCUGUCAUUGUCAAAUGUCUUUGUUUUAAUAACUGACAUAAUUAUUUGUUUCAUUGUUAGAUAUGACAGCAUGAUCAUACUGUGCCUUUACACUAGGUGGCAGCUUUGUUGCAACGCUUGUUUGCAUCCUUAGAGGUUCAGUUUAUGCCAUAUUUCCAUAUUUUAUUUUAUUCCAUGCCAUUGCGCCCUUUUCAUUUAUGCCAUGGUUUUAUCAGAAUAGAAUAGUUUUAGAAUAGAUAAUAGCUAUUAAGGACAUUCCAGAGCCAUAUUAUUUAAUCACUGAGAAUAUCAGUCAGCUGUCCGUUUUGCAGAGUUAUUAUGCUGAUGCUCAAAUAAACGUUAUUUGUUUUGGA